AGAGAGUCUCUCUCUCUCUCUCUCGUCGACGUGUCGUAUUUAUUUAUUACCAAAGAGCGAACACCAAAGCGGCUUAUUUGGUACCAGCAGCCGUCGACUGCAGUUUAAUGCCGUCGUAGCACAAAGAGGAAGAAGAAGAAGGAAUCUGUUGUGAACGAGAGGGGGGGACGACGACGACGACAAGGAGAAAGAACAGAAGGGGGGGAAAAGAAAGAGGCGGAGGAGGAGUAGGAAGCGGUGUGAAGCUGAAAUGUGGCAGCUGUGGGAGCCAUUGAUGAUUAUGGCGAAGAGAAGCGACUUCCUCUGAACCGGCCGAGGCGGACUACCAAGAAAAAAAAAAAAAAAGGCAGACUUGUUUUUUUUUUUUUUUUUUUUCGAGGCCUGCAUCUGUUGACUAUUUCAUCUGCUGCAGCCAUGGGGCUCAUUUUUUCCAAGUCCAAAAAACAGAAGACAACUAUUGAAAUUCUUGAAGAACUUGAUAAGGACAUCACCAAGCUUCAUCUAUUUAAGCGCCAGAAUCAAGAAUAUCAAAAGAAGUUAAUUGCUAGUCUCCUACUGUACUCUUUCUUCAUAUGUGUCAUUGCUGCUCUCGUCAUUUUUCUCUACUACUUGCCUACAAGCUGGCAAGGCUGGUUUCUUGUCUUCUUCCCAAUACUGAUAUUCAUUGUAUUAAUAUGGCUGGUAAAGAAAGUUUUACAAUGGUAUUAUGUUAAACGGAUCUCCAGUAAUGAGCAAGAUCUUCAAGAACUUAAAAGUAAGAAGAAAGCUAUACUUGAAGAGGUUCUAGAAAAUGAAACUUACAAAGUAGCUAAAGAAAUCUUUGAUCGAUUCGAUCCUGCAAGAUUUAAGAAGCUGGAAAGUGAUAAAACAACUCCUGAGCCCAAACCAGCCAAGGAUCAUACUGUAGAUGAAGGUGUGCGUCAUCGAAUUGUAACCACCCAAGUUACCCCAGUAAUGAGAAUGCCAUCUCAGGUGCACCCAAUGUCAACUCCUCAAAGAUUACCUCAUACUCCAGCUUCUAUACCAGGCAAUUUUCAGAUAAAUGGUAGCCAAAGGCCAAUGUUGCACUCUGGUUAUGGUCCAGGCCCUCCAAUUCCAAGGCCUGUACCGCCAAGAGACAGGACAACUUUUGACAAACUUGUUGACUAUGUAGUCGGUGAAGGGCCCCAAAACAGAUAUGCUCUGAUAUGCCGCUACUGCCAUUCCCAUAACGGAAUGGCAAUAAGAGAAGAGUUUGAAUUUAUAAGCUUUCGGUGCUGCUACUGUUACUAUUUAAAUCCAGCCAAAAAGCAACGGCCUCAGGCACCAAAACUUGAUCUUGUAUCACCUCAGCCAUCGCUGUCUAACCCAGCUCUUCAAGCACCAGAAUCAAAAUUGAGUUUAACAUAUGAAAAACAUAGUACGAGUUCAGGGCCAGAGAGUGAUGAAAGCCAUGAAGAAUCGGAGAUGUCCAUGGGCAGUAGUAGCAGGAAGGAUGAAGAGAAAACUUCUGAAAACGACAGGAAUGCAGAGAAGAAGAGCGAUGACGAAAGUCUUGCAAAUAUUACCAAUAUCACUGAAGAGGAAAACCCUGUAGAAAUGGAUGUUCCUGAUGAGAACAUCAACAAAGAAGAUGAGGACCUUAGCUGAGGUUCAAGAAGAAGAAGAAGAAUAGACAGAGAAAAGAUUUGUUUGAAAUUUGGAUUGAUCAAACCAGAUUUUCAUUUUAUUAUUAAUCUUUGUUUCCCCCCCUUGUACUUUAUUGCACUGCGUUUGGUGCUUCUCGGUAAAUAACAAGAAAUCCAACUGUUGCCAAUACAGGAUUUCUAGUCCUGCUAAUCAAAAUAUUGGGAGUGAAUUCUUUCUAUGAAUUUAUACUGCUGUGCUGUCAAAACAACAAUCCACAUAGUUUUGUUAUCUAAAACUACCCUGACUAGCCUUAUGUUAUUUAUUAAUGUUUUUUUUUUCUUCUGUUUGUUUUGUUGGUUUGCUACAAGACAUUACGGGGAAACAACCGAAUGAAAUUGGUUUUUCUUUGUAAAUAAGGGGAGUAACUCUCAGCUUGAAGAAAAAAUGCUAAAAAUGUGCAAGGGACACAACUCUUAAAAUGGACACUGAUCGUUGUAAUUUUAUGUCAUUUUCGGAAGUUUUUCCCUUAAAGAAUAGUUUUCAAUAUAAAACAAAAAAAAAAAAUAAAUAAAUAAAAGUACUGAAAGAUUUCUUUUAUCA